GCUGAUUUGGGGGGAGAAUCCACGUUUUCAUAGAUGGCUUGGGUGAAGCCAUGGAGCCGCUGUCUAGUGCACAGAGCUCCCUUGAAUUCUCCAGUUCAUUAGGUCCCCCCCACCCAUGCCUAGAAAUAGAGAUAUUGGAAGGGUAGAGCACUGAUGACAUGCUUGAUGCUUUCUGAAAGCUUUCCUUCAGGUGAUGUUGAGAGAAGCCCUGCAGUAGAGUUAAAAAAAUGUGAAGCUGGUUUUUAGGAAGCUGUGAGGUAUUCAUCCCCCACCCCCAUCCCAGUGCCUGGGCCCUGGGGGUUAGUUAAGGAUCUUCUCUUUCUUCUACUAGAUUAACCGCAAAUUAAAGACUAGCUAGUGGAAAGGAUAUGAAACUGCUGGAUCAGUUGUGAAAUGUUGGGUUAUCAACCUCUGAUAAGAUGGUAUGGACUGAAGGCCUUCUCCAGCAUUGCAGCAGAGGAUUUCACAAUAUUUAGAGUUCUCUGGAUCUUCACCCAAGUAGAGCAUCAAACAUCCGGAGUUCUCAGGACCCCUAGACGCCAAGUUUCUCGGAGCAGUACUGGACCCCUGGCCUCUAUGGAGCCCCCAAUCCCCCAUAGUAUCCCUGUGAGCCCAAGCGCAGUCAUGGUCCAACCCCUGCUGGACAGCCGCCUCCCGUAUGGCCGGCUGCAGCACCCACUCACCAUCCUGCCCAUUGACCAGAUGAAGACGACCCAUGUAGAAAACGACUACAUCGACAACCCUGGCCUGCCUCCCGCCACAGGCGCUAAGCGGACCCGGGGAGGCUACCCCGAGCCAGCCCCCGGCCUCUCUCGAUGCGACCAGGAUGUCACCCACCCCUGGAUCUCCUUCAGUGGGAGGCCCAGCUCCAUCAGCAGCAGCAGUAGCACCUCUUCCGACCAGAGGCUCCUGGACCACAUGGCCCCGCCCCCAGUGGCUGACCAGACUUCGCCCAGGGCCGUGCGCAUUCAGCCCAAGGCCAUCCACUGCAAGCCCCUGGACCUGAAGGGGAUGCCACCCCAGGAGCUGGACAAACACUUCCUGCUCUGCGAGGCCUGUGGGAAAUGCAAAUGUAAGGAGUGUGCCUCUCCUCGGACUUUGCCCUCCUGCUGGAUCUGUAACCAAGAAUGUCUCUGUUCUGCCCAGAGCCUGGUCAAUUAUAGCACCUGCAUGUGCCUGGUGAAGGGGGUCUUCUACCACUGCACCAACGAAGACGACGAAGGCUCCUGUGCUGACCACCCCUGCUCCUGCUCCCACUCGAACUGCUGUGCCCGCUGGUCCUUCAUGGGGGCCCUGUCUCUGGUGCUGCCCUGCCUGCUCUGCUACCUGCCAGCCACCGGCUGCGUGAAGCUGGCACAGCGUGGCUACGACCGCCUGAGCCGGCCAGGCUGCCGCUGCAAACACACCAACAGCGUCAUCUGCAAGGCAGCCACAGCAGUGGACAGCGGCAAGACCAACAGAUCGGAGAAGCCUUUCUGAUUCUCCUCGCUCCCCACCUGGUGGCCUCUCCGGCUGUUCUGUCUGUUCCUGACCCAUAACCUUGCCAGAGAAGACUGCAGAGGGGCCGGUCUUCUGUGUCCCGAGGACUGCUUGGUUCACCCUCCGGCCCCUUCGGAUUCUGGGAAGAAUCAGAUCUGUCAUCUCCCUCCCUCCCUUCCAAAACGAGGCACUUUGGGCUCUCUUCAGGGUUUUGGAACUUUUGUGUGGUUUUUGUUUAACUAGAACAGAAGCGGGGAGGGGGGAGAGGAGUGUUGUGUGAUAUGGACUUGAGAUUUUUUCAGAAGACAGAACCUAGAUGUACACACACAUCCGGAAACUGCAGCUGCUGGAAUGCCUUCCCAGCCCCCUUUCUCCCUCCCUUCCUUCCCUCCCUUUGUCCCUCCCUUGGACGGCUAGGGGCUGGCUGCCUGGGAGUCUGAAUACCCCAGGAAUCAUUAACUAGGCAGCUUGGGUGCCUCUGUCGAAGAGGAAUGGAUUCUCGAUUUCUCCCCUCUUCUCCAAUGUGUCACCAAUGUCUUGGUGAAGGUGAAUAACUCAACUGCUAUAUCCACACUUUAAAAAGGAGAGGGGACAGUGAAGGACAAAGUAUUAGGGGGUGGGGUGGGCCUUGGGGGGAUGUUAGGCGCACCCCUGUUUUGCUCCCUUGGACUAACUUCCAAAUACCUUCCUCCCUACCUCCCUCUCCUUCAUCACUAAAUUUUUGAGGUGUCCCCACCUAUAGCCUCCAAAAUUCAUUUUCUUUUAGUUCUGAUAAGCUGUCACAGACUUCACUGCCCACCAAGGGUCCCGUUUUACCUCCGUCCACAUUCUUUAUGGAAAUAAUAUGGGUGGGGCGGGCAGAGGAAGGAGAGACCAAAUGUCACUUUUGCCAAUGAGAGUUGGGUCUCCAUAUCCAGGUAUUACAUUUUCUGGGAUAAGUAAACUAGAUGGGAACAGGUUUGAAAGACAGUCAUUUCCUUCUCUGUUGUCCCCCAAGUGCUGCUUUCUGGGUCUGUUUGGGGGAAGGGAGAAGAACAUUCUAAGGAAACACAGUCUUGUUCUUGAUCCCCAUCCCUGUCUCUGACCUGCCCCACCCAUAGAAUUUUUUUUUAAUUCUGAUGAGAGACGGUCACUCUCAUUGGCCAAAUGACAUUUGAAGCUUGGUGGGUCUCCUUCCUCUCACCUGUUGCUGCUGCUCAAUUUCCUAGCUUCUCAUGUACAAUAGUGUGUCUAUAUCUUUGUAAAUAGAGAGAUAACAAAAUAAAAGUCUAUUUUAGUGUUAGCAAGUGCUGGGGGAGAGCCAGAAAGGCCCAGAAGGGGGAAGUUUUCCCAAGGGGGUUCUGGAGUAGAAUGCAAGCCAGUGGUGGGCCCCCCAAAGUUGCAGUGACCCUUUUCUCUCUCAAGGUGCUAGAGGAAGCAGAAUGGGCACGUGUGAAAUGGGUACGUACUUGUUGCAUGCAAAAGCUGAUCUUAUAGCUUUCUUUGGUCCUCCCCUAUUUGUUGUGUUUCCUGUCAAGUGGAGAAAGUGUCCUGGGCAGGGCCGCCAGAGGCAGAGGAGCAGGCCCAGCAACAUUUAAGGCCGUGCCAGCCAUAGAUCGCAUUUUCCAAGGAAUCUCAUCUGUUCCGUGGAGAAUAGUCAUUGCCCUUUUAGGAAGGAACAAGGGAGGCAGUCUAUAGUCCUAUGUAGGAUAUUUUCCAAGGACCUUUUUUUUUGUUUGUUUUUUAAAGAGUAGUGAUAACAUCUGAUUUAAAAUAAAUUAACUGUAACCAUAGGUAUUUAUUGAUUGGGGGGAGGAGGGGCUUGUGUUUUAGACUUUCUUAUUUAUAUAAAUAUUUGCUAGCUUGUAAAAGCAGAACACGGAAUUACCACACCUGCAUUUUCCGGUGCUGGUUCAUGUAGCUAUCCUUGCCAUAGACAUAUUAUGAUGGGUAUAUAUAUAGAUAUAUAUAAAUGUUCUUGCACAAAUCUGAGGGAACAAUAGGAAGGGAAACACAUUUACAGCCAACCACUUAUACCAAUUGAAUGUAUCAGAUGUCACUACUAAAGGAGAUGACAAUAAAGGUUUUCCUGGGGAGAGGCUUAGACAUCCAUGCAUACCUAGCAGGAGUCAUCCAUCUGCAUCUGCUGAGCAGUGGAGAGUGCCAGAGUGCCUCAACUUGCCUCCAUGGGAACUUGGAUUGAGUGGUGGGCUAGCUACAUUUGGAUGGCCAUUCCCCCUUGCACACCCAUUCUGUGGAGAAUUGAUUGACCCAUGCACACACCCACACUGGUCCUCCACACAAACACUUUCCUUACAAAGUAGCCUCCAGUGUACAUAGUUUGUAAACACCUGAUCCUCUUUGGCUUUCUUUUUUUUUUCUUUCUUUAGUUUGUUUUUAGCUCUACUGGGCUAAAUGGCUUCAGCUCUCCCAUCCCCUGCCCAAUUUCUUUGCUGCCUCUAUUAUGUGUGGCCACUUUAUUGCAGUGUAACAGAUAAAAAAAAUUCUACUCAUUUCUUUUUUUAACUUCCAAUCUCUAACCAAUUCCUCAGCUUGUUUCUGCAUGGGGGCUUCUUCCUUGAGUUGGAGCAACAAGCUUGUUGUGAGGUUCAUACCUAUGGAUGUGGGACUGAUCAGGGGCCACCUGAGAACAGGACUCCGUGCAUCUGACUGUUUGAAUUGGCUGAGAGACUAGUGGACAGGAAGGCUCCGUUCCCUCCCUUAAUGGUACCACUUCGCUUCCCACUUCUACCUGCUCCAGCGGUAUACCUGUCCUUGCCAAGGCUCAAGAGAGGAUGAGGUCACUUGUGAAGGGCAAAUAUGUCCAUUUAGAAAGCCAGUGAUCAUCCUGUAAUUAAUAACGAUCACAGGCAGUAAGUCCUAGCCCCCAGAUCUGGAGGAUGUGCUUCUUUGAAUGUACACAUCCCAGGGGUACCACUGUGGCACCUUGGGGAGCUGGGUGGAUAGGGGAGUGUCUGAGCCAUGUUGGCAGCCAUGCCCAGGCCCAACAUUUCUCAAUGAGCUAUCCAGCAUGUCCCCAUUAAGAUGUGCUACACCUGUUUUUCCCAAGCAGUAGACAUAAGAAAUCUUCAUAAGCUUUAUGAAACACCUUCGUAUACCCAUGAUCACAUCUGAACCUCACAGCUUUGUUGGAUAGAAAGGACAGAGGGGCUGAGGUCUCAUUUAGCAGAUGAAGAAACUGAGGCUGAAGUCACUCACCCUGAGAGAGGCCAUCACAGAAACCUAGGUCCUGGGACUCCACAAGUCCUGUGCUUUGUUGGCUAAUAAUACUCUGGAUGGGGUGGGGGUGAGUAGGGGAUAGAGUGACCCUUUUAACACCGACUUAGCAGAACUCCUCAGAAUGUCUCCAUGGGAAAUUAACUAGCACAACAUUUUAGCCUUGCUAGCCUUUUGGUUCCCUGUCCUUUUGGAAGCAGUUUCGCACCCCUUCUGUUAACUGUAAAUCUUGAGUUUCCAUUUUUUUCCCUGUCGGUAACUGUGCCUAGGGUGUCUGUUCUCACUGCCCUGAAGUUUGAUUUUGUGUUACAAAAAGCUAUUCAAGUCCCCCCACCCCAUCCAUCCUUACCUUUUGUUUUUCCCCUUCAUUUCCCCCUUCACCCUUUCACCCUGCAACAAAAAAAGUUACCACAGAAGGGUUCCUUUGUAUAGAAUAUUUAUUUUGAAGCUCUAUUUUAAUAGUAUUUAUUUUAGAAAGUCUACUAUUGUAAGAGUUCUUCUGUUUGUGAAGAAAAAAACAAGUUUAAAAACUGAAUGUACUGAUCUAGAAAUAUAUAUAAAUAUAUAUUGUUAAAUAUA